AUGCAUCCUGCCCUCUUUCAACCAAUUCAACUCGGUAACAUCACGCUCGCUCAUCGCGUCGCUCUCUCACCAGUCACUCGAUUCCGCUCCGAUUCUUCUGGAGUCCAUUCUAGCGGUCAUGGCCUGACAUACUACACACAGCGCUCCUCACCCGGUGGGCUCCUGAUCACUGAAGCUACGCUUGUCCAUCCAAGGGGCGGAGGGAGGACUCACAUGCCUGGAAUUACGACCGAGGCUCAGAUCAGUGCUUGGAAGAAGAUCGUCGACAGCGUACAUGCCAAAGGCGGCUACAUCUUCAUGCAAAUCGGGGCGAUAGGUCGUCAAGCGGACCCUGCAGUUCUGAGUUCCAUAGACCCCUCUUGGGACGUCAUCGCCGCUUCGCCUUACCCUAAUCUCCACAUCGGUAAUACACCGCGCGAGAUCACCAUCCCUGAAAUCAAACAGUUCGUCUCCUUCUACGCCCAAGCGGCCCACAACGCGGUACAUCUCGCCGGCUUCGAUGGCGUCGAGAUCCACGGUGGCAACGGCUGGCUGAUCGACACGUUCUUGAAGAAGGUGUCGAAUUGGAGAACGGACGAGUACGGCGGGAGCGCGGAGGCGAGAUGUCGUUUAGCGUUGGAGGUUAUCGAGGCGGUGGUGAAGGCGGUUGGAGAGAAGAAGACCGCGUUCAGAAUAAGUCCUUUUUUCACGUCAUUCCAGAUGGCCGAAAAGGAUCCCGUACCAACGUACACUCACCUUAUAUCCGAAAUCCGCACGCUUUACCCCAACCUGGCCUAUCUCCACUCGACAGAACCCUACACUGUUAGCCCUACCGGAAUUUCUUCGUCUCUACCCCACGACAUCGGAAAUGACUUUAUUCGAGAGCUCUGGGGCCCGAGGCCAUUCGUUAUCGACGGUGGCUUCAAGCAGGAUACGGCGCUCUCGAAUGCCGAGAAGCAUGCCUGGGAUGUAGUAGCGUUCGGGAGGUUCUUUAUCGCGAAUCCAGAUCUCCCGUACAGGAUCGAGAAAAGCAUAUCGUUCAACCAGUACGACCGGUCGACAUUCUAUACUCCCGAGAGUCCCGUUGGAUAUAUCGACUACCCUUUCGCUGAUGAGUUGUGA